AAAGUACUCAAAUGGCUUAAUGUCGUUGAUCCAACCUCCAGCUAUUCAUCUGCGCUUGCUGUUCGUGAACCUGGUACGGGGAAUUGGCUGCUCGCGGGGGGUGAGUACAAGGACUGGAAGGGUGACCGAGGGGGGGUUCUCUGGCUUUAUGGAAUACGUAAGUGUACAGACAAGUGAAAUGUUUUAAUUGAAGAAUAUCACUAAAAUUUGCAUCACGUAGCUGGAUGUGGCAAGAGUGUUCUAAGGUGCGAACAUGAACUGAUAUCUGGAGGAGCGAUAUGAUUUCCGGAUUGCUAACUCACUCUCUAGUGCCACCGCCAUUGAAGAUGUCAAAAAUCUGUGCGAUACGAACGAUGAUUACGGGUUGGCUUAUUUCUACUUCACCUUCAGCGACUCCGAGAAGCAGAAAUUGGAAAAUAUGCUUCUAUCCCUUAUUGGCCAACUUCCAAAAAGGCCUUCUGACCAGGGUCUGCCAAGUGCUGUUGUAGAUCUCUAUAAUAGUACCAAGGCAAUUGGAAAAUCGGCGGAUACCAGCGUUCUGAAGGUUCUACUGUCGAAAAUUAUAAAGGGCUUCAGGAGGACGUUUAUCAUUCUCGAUGCCUUGGAUGAGUUCCCCAAGGGCACACGGGAGGGUCUCCUAUCCUGGAUCAAGGAGCUUACGGUUGCCCAUCGGGCUGGAUCGCUUUCCAUUCUCGUUACCAGCCGUCCCGAGGCCGAUAUAGUGGGAUCACUAGAACCACUCGCGGCGUUUUCAAUUUCGCUACAAUCCAAAAUUAUCGAUCCGGAUAUCCGAACACAUGUACAGAAAUCUCUGGAGGGCAAGGGUGGCUUCAAGAGGUUUACCGAGGGACUCAAGGAUGAGAUAGAGGACAUGCUAGUUGCUCGUUCGCAAGGAAUGUAUGUUAUACUGUACUAUUGGGAUUCGAGUUUUCGCUGAUACAAGGGUGGGAAUGUUAAGGUUCCGGUGGGUGGAUUGUCUUUUGCGAAUUCUAGAGACAUGUCUGACACCGGACGAUGCAAGAGCCGCAUUGGAGAAGUUGCCCAAAGAUUUGGAUUCCGUCUACGGGAGGAUCCUAGAAGACAUCGACGAGAUGCAGAGGAUAUACAUUCAGCGAGCGAUGAAUUGGUUGGCAUUUUCAGCAGAACCCUUGACGUUAGGCCAGCUUGCGGAGGCCGCCGUCAUCGAAUACGAUGUCGAGAAAUAUGGCGAGGAUUCUGGGACUCAGGCUCUUUUUGAUACUGGUUGCCUCAUGAGCAUUUGCCCUAGCCUUAUUUCGUUCGAGGAUGCCAGGGACGAUGAAUCAUCCCCCCAAGAAAACCGGCGAUUACGACUGGCACAUUUUUCGGUAAAGGAAUAUUUGAUCUCCGACCGGGCAGGUCAGGGCCCCAGUGCCUACUAUCGCAUUUCCGAGGACGAAGCCAAUUUACUGAUGGGGCAUGCGUGCCUGAGUCGAAUACUGCGACAUAGUGUCCAAGGUACUAUACAAGAGGAGCAAGUCCAAGAAACGUCAUUUCUCUACCACAGUGCUCGCUAUUGGUUUGUGUAUACCAAGUGUGUUGAGGAUACGGCACCCACACCACUCUCCGAUGCAGCGGUGAAGGUUCUUGAGCUUGGCAAGGUCUGGUUAGAUGUAUAUGACCCCGAUGAUCCUGGCCGAAAUGAACCCACGGGUUCCGGCAUUUACCCACCGGCUAUCUACUAUUCUUCCUUUUUAAAUUUAGGGACAGUCUGUGAAUUGCUACUCGGUAGAAAGGAGGAUACGGUAAACGUGAAUUCUCCGCGUGGCUUUUAUGGCAAUGCACUACAAGCCGCUGCCGGUGAGGGAAACGAAUCGGUUGUCCAGCUUCUCCUCGAGCGUGGGGCAGAGGUGAAUGCUCAGGGUGGCGAAUUUGGCAAUGCACUGCAAGCCGCUGCCGGUGAGGGAAACGAAUCGGUUGUCCAGCUUCUCCUCGAGC